AUGACAACCCACAAUAAAUCUUUAUAUUGCGAGAGUUGUAGUCGAUAUCCCUAUGUCGGCAGAGUAUCCGUAGGAGAAGAGGAUAGUGUUGACUUCAUCUAUCAAUUUGCGAAGAAAAGAUUUGUUGCCGUGGAUCACCAGAGUCUUAGCAUAUUCCAUACUGCCCCUGACAUAAUUGGGCCACCCAAAUUUCAAAAUUACGGACAACUAUUUCAUUUACCAAUUCCUUUUUGUUAUUUUGAGAUGCUAGAAACUGGUAUUUCAAUAUCUCCAUGGCAAAACAAAAAUUUCAUGAGAUCCACUAAUAGAGCCAUAUCAUAUUACAUGUACGAGUUUGAUGCGACAAAAAGAUAUAUUGAUAUCGAGUUUCAUGAAGCUGUAUAUCCAAUCAGAGUCUGUAUUUACGAAAUGUGUAAUCCUGGAAGCGUAAUUCAAAUUUUGGCUCAAGAUUCCAAUAAUCACUGGAUUCAGUUGUGGGAUGAAAAGUUUCUGAUUGUACCCCCGAAAUCAAGAUUAUUUUCUCCACCGUUGUCGCAUCCGUGUAACUUUAAAACUAAAAUGCUCAGACUAGUGUUUAGUGACAGCACAGAGACAUCUGAUACAAAACUAGAUGCUGUGAUGCUCAUUGGCACAUCAGAUUUGAUCCUUCCUAGAAAUCCUAACGAGAGUUUAAGUAAUCUGUUGAAAAGAAUUAACAGCAUGUACUCUUUACACCACGACGAUGUUCAUAAUUUAACAGCAGAUUCAAAAAAUGCACACUUGGAUGUAGUUCAUCUGCAACAGAAUUUUUCCAAAUACUGUGUUAUUUGUAAAAGCGACAUAAGAAGGGUAUCUUAUAAGAAUAAUUUGAAGCACAACAAGGCAUCUCAGGAGAUAAUACCUUAUGUGCAACCUAACGGAAAGAACAACUCUCGUCAUAUUUUAUUGAAAAGUAAUUCGAAUUGUGCCAAGGGAGUGAAACUCUCAUUGGAUGAAUCCAAGAAGCUAUCACGUUGCAGUUUAUCUGCGCUUCCUGUAAAAUGUAAAUAUUUGCAACAAUUAGAUCUUACAGGAAGCUGGUUUGAUGUCAAUGAUUUCGUAAAUUUUCUUGAUAAUUGCGGCAGGCGUUUAACGCAUUUAAGAUUAAAUGACUUGCCGUUCAGUGGCUGCCGCUGCAUCGACGUAAAUCUUAUCCUACUUAAAACUUCAGAGACAUGCAAAAAUUUGAAAGAAUUGGAUCUCAAAAAUUGGCUCAACAUAGACGAUGAAGGAUUUUCGUAUCUCGAGGGACUAAAUAAUUUGGAACAUUUAAACCUUUUUCGUACUGGCUAUACUAGUAUAAGAACCGAACGUUUUUGCAAGAUAUUGCAAAAUAAUCGACGGAUGCGUCAGUUAUCGGCAGAUAGCGACUUAAUAAACGAUGCAGUUCUAAUAGAGUUGGGAAAUUCGUGCUGUGACUUGGAA